GGCAGGGAUCGUGUUCGACAUAGUGAGAGGUUGGUUCGUAAAUUGCCUAUAAGAUGCUUGUGAGGGGCUCUCGCGCAGCUGCACGUGAGCUCCAGAAAAGUCUUCUGCGAUCCUUCUCUGCACAAGCCUCGCCCCCACCUCCAACGCCUCCUCCUUCGGAGAAGACAACAUAUGGUGGCCUCAGGGAUGAGGAUAGAAUCUUCACCAAUCUCUAUCGUCAGGGAGACCCUUUCAUCAAGGGCGCCAUGGCGCGCGGUGAUUGGUAUCGCACCAAAGACCUUGUAGAAAAAGGGUCCGACUGGAUUGUGGGUGAGAUGAAGAAGUCUGGACUUCGAGGGCGUGGCGGUGCAGGGUUCCCUUCUGGGCUCAAGUGGAGCUUUAUGCCCAAGGUGUCAGAUGGGCGGCCAUCAUACCUAGUUGUCAACGCCGAUGAGUCGGAGCCUGGCACAUGCAAAGACCGUGAAAUUAUGCGCCAUGACCCCCACAAGCUCAUUGAGGGUUGCCUCAUUGCUGGUGUGGGCAUGCGCGCCCGGGCGGGGUACAUUUACAUCAGGGGGGAGUACUACAAUGAGAGGCUAGCGCUGGAGCGGGCUCUCAGCGAGGCAUACGCUAAGGGCUUCCUUGGAAAGAAUGCAUGCGGUUCUGGCUAUGACUUUGACCUCAAUGUUGCCUACGGUGCUGGCGCCUACAUCUGCGGUGAGGAGACAGCGCUUAUAGAGAGUCUGGAGGGCAAGCAGGGCAAGCCACGUCUCAAGCCGCCCUUCCCUGCAAAUGUGGGCCUGUACGGCUGCCCCACCACUGUCACCAAUGUGGAGACUGUGGCUGUGGCGCCCACCAUCUUGCGGCGUGGCCCCGAGUGGUUUGCCUCUUUUGGCCGCAAGAACAACGCAGGCACCAAGCUGUUCUGCAUCAGCGGCCACGUGAACACGCCCUGCACAGUGGAGGAGGAGCUGUCAAUCCCCCUGCGCGAGCUCAUUGAGCGGCAUGCCGGCGGCGUCCGGGGCGGCUGGGACAACCUUCUUGCCAUCAUUCCUGGCGGCUCAUCGGUGCCCUGCCUGCCCAAGAGGAUCUGCGACGACGUGCUGAUGGACUUUGACGCGCUGAAGGAGGCCCAGUCCGGUCUGGGAACAGCCGCUGUCAUCGUCAUGGACAAGUCCACUGACAUUAUCGAUGCCAUCGCCCGCCUCUCCUACUUCUACAAGCACGAGUCGUGUGGGCAGUGCACUCCCUGCAGGGAGGGAGCACCGUGGCUGUACGACAUCAUGACCCGCAUGAAGAAGGGGGAUGCGCGGCUGGAGGAGAUUGACAUGCUGUGGGAGGUCACCAAGCAGAUCGAGGGCCACACUAUCUGUGCCCUCGGCGAUGCUGCUGCCUGGCCUGUGCAGGGUCUUAUCCGGCACUUCAGGCCAGAAAUGGAGGAGAGGAUUGGGCGUUUCUGUGAGCAGAUUGCUGCAUAAGCUGCGUCUUGUCUAAUCUAGCAUAAUAUGUCCGGAAUGUUUUUGACAAGCUCAAGUAAUUGACUAGGUCAGUCUGACGUAAUCAUCGCCACAUUGGCAGCAAUUCAGGCAUCUUUGGGAGCAUUUCUGUACACUGGACUCUGGGCUUCUAUAUGUAAAAUACUGGAAAAUGUCAUAUUC